AAUAGUUUUGUAAAUAUUUCCGUCUCUCUUGUCACUCAAAUUGGGGAAAUAAAUAUAUUUAGUUAAUUGAAGUUGUAAUUUGUGCGUUUUAAUUGCAAAAUUAGUCAUUUGUCCAACUUUGAUUGGAGAUAAUGGGGUGAUAACUUUACUGAGGUAGUAAUUCACUGUAAUUCCAUUCAUUUGACCGAAAACAGACGACAAAGAACGUUAUCUUAUCGUGCUACGACAAUAAAACUACAAUUAUCCAUGAUGACGAGCAUUUAUGGCUGUCGCGGUCGUCAAUUAGCCUUAUUUCGACAAUAUCUCAUCUCUUUUUCGUCCCGAUCACAUCGAAAUCUUACGACGUGGUCACCACUCGCGACCUCUUUCAAUUCGAAGCCUUCCAAAAAAUUGUCUGGGUUUUUAAAUAAGCAAGGCCUCUUUGGAAUUGAAGAACUUCGCGACCCCAACGGUUUUCACCUGCUCAAAGAAAGCGCAAUCCUAGAAUGCGACACCCUCGUGAAAGAAUGCCUCUCGCCCAAUAGGAAGAGAAAACUCGUCGAAAUAUUUGACCACUUGUCCAACUCGUUAUGCAAAGUGGCCGACAUGGCGGAAUUUGUCCGAGUUGCACACCCCUCCGAACUUUUCGGUAGUGCGGCAGAGGAUGCUUGUCUCUCGGUGAGUCGCCUUGUAGAAAAGCUGAACACUGACCGCAGCCUAUACCUCGCGCUCAAAGGGUCGACCGGAGGAAGGGAUGUGAAACCACUCAGCGCCGUGGAUGAACAUGUCGCACAACUUUUUCUCUUCGAUUUCGAACAGAGUGGGAUUCACCUGGAUGCCGAGAAGAGAUCAAGGGUCGUUUAUCUUAAUGAUUUAAUUUUAUACACGGGACAACAGUUUGCGACGAACGCUAUGCGACCAGCGGCAAUUAGUAAAGACAGAUUGCCGGCGAAUAUUCGUUCUUUCUUUCCUACCGAAAAUGGAAACAUUUUAGUAACUGGACUGUUUUCGGAUGCGACAUCGGAAGCCGCGAGGGAGGCAGCGUAUCGAGUUUAUUUGCACCCAGACCAAAAACAGGACGAACUUUUAGUUAAUCUACUCACGGCGAGACACGAACUUGCGGAGGUUUGUGGAUUUCCGAGUUAUGCCCACAGAGCACUUCAAGGCAGUCUCGCUGAGAAGCCUUCCCUCGUCGCAAACUUUUUAGAACAUUUGGCUGACAAGUUGGGUCAACGAGCGGAGCGAGAUUUCUAUCGAAUGUCGAAAAUGAAACAGAGCGUCGUACAAGUCUGGGACCCUCCAUACCUCACUGUUGAAGCGAAAAAGAACUUGUUUAACGUUGACCGAAACGAUUUCAUGCCGUACCUCUCACUUGGAGCGUGCAUGGAGGGGCUUAACUUGUUGGGGUUGCAAUUAUUCAAUAUUGAACUCGUCCCACAAGAAAUUCUUCCCGGGGAGACGUGGUCACCGGAAGUGUACAAGAUUUCAGUUGUCCACAAGACUGACGGAGUUUUAGGUGAUAUUUACUGCGACUUUUAUGAACGGGAUGGGAAACCACAUCAAGACUGUCAUUUUACUAUUCAGGGAGGAAAAGAGUUGGAAGAUGGAACUUAUCAGAAUCCAAUUGUCGUCCUCAUGCUUAAUUUUCCUCCCCCAAUCGGAUCGCUCCCUUCACUUCUUACGCCAGCCAUGGUAGACAAUCUGUUUCACGAAAUGGGUCACGCGCUCCACUCUAUGUUGGCGAGGACGAGAUAUCAGCACGUCACAGGGACGCGAUGUACCACUGAUUUCGCGGAAGUUCCCUCCAUUCUGAUGGAAUAUUUCGCCUCUGAUCCUCGUGUCCUCGCCACAUUUGCGCGACACUUCCAGACCGGUGAAGUCAUGCCGGAAGAGUUGCGGAUGAAAUAUUCUAUGGCAAAACAUGUCUUUGCCGCUUCGGAAAUGCAAAUCCAAAACUUUUACGCUGCUCUAGACCAAAAAUUACACACUGGUAAAUUCCCCCUCGAGAAACCAACUAUUGAAAUUAUGGAAGAGGUUCACACCAAAUUUUACGGGAUUCCUUACGUUCAUAAUACAGCCUGGCACCUCCGUUUUUCACACUUGGUCGGCUAUGGUGCCAAAUACUACUCCUACCUCAUGUCUCGUGCCGUGGCGUCUUGGAUCUGGCUGGAAUAUUUUCAAGAAGAUCCCUUCAACGCGACGAACGGGGAACGUUACAAGUCCGAAGUGCUCUCGCAUGGCGGCGGAAUCCCAGCGAAGCAACUAGUCUCCAACUUUUUAGGAAAAGCAAUCACUCCCGAGAGUCUCACACAGGCUUUAACCAUUGACCUCGACAUGAACCAGAAACGCUUAGACAAUUUUUUGGACGCUAGAUAAACAGAAGGUCAAUAAAUACAUACAUCGUAGUCAGGACAGAUUAUAAUAACGCAAUUUUCGCGUUAUUUAGACUAAAAAUAUGUAAAAUAGUCCAAUCAAGAGUGACUGGUUUGGCUUCCAUAUGUGAUAAUAUGUAAUUAACUAUUUGUUGGUAGGAACGCGACUUAUGUAGCCUUAUUUAGCAGCCUUAAAUUCUCUGUUGUGUCAAACUAUACAUAUACUUCUUCCUCCUUCUCUACUAACUGUGUACGUACCGCAUUAACAUUUACAUUACCAAAAAUAUUUUGUACUUUAUACCCAACAUAAAAAUAUUAUUUAUGUACUACUUCACCUUUAAACGUUAACAUAUAAUGAUCAAAACAAUACAAUAAAAAGGUCUUCAAGUAAAAAAAAAAUGA